AGCCCCCAUUCUGGACGCCGCAGCCCGCCACCCUAGCCACGACCCACAUCAUCUUGGCCUGGGUUCAGGCGCAUCCCGUUCAUGGCCCCCACGCCUCCCCAGUAUCGGGGACCCAGCCUUGACUCUAUCACCCACGCCUUCCAUCGGGACUGCGGACCAGGUGUCCCGACCCUGGCCACGCCCCGCCUCGGAGGGCGCCCCGCCAGCUCAGCACAGGAGGCUCUGAGGAAGAUCAUCACAACGCUGGCUGUGAAAAAUGAAGAGAUCCAGAGUUUCAUUUACUCCCUCAAGCAGAUGCUGCUGAAUGUGGAGGCAAACUCGGCCAAGGUGCAGGAGGACCUGGAAGCCGAGUUCCAGUCCCUCUUCUCCCUCCUGGAGGAGCUGAAGGAGGGCAUGCUCAUGAAGAUAAAGCAGGACCGUGCCAGCCGCACCUAUGAGCUGCAGAACCAGCUGGCUGCCUGCACGCGAGCCUUGGAGAGCUCCGAAGAGCUUCUGGAGACAGCCAACCAGACCCUGCUGGCCACUGACAGCAAGGACUUUCCCCAGGCUGCCAAGCAAAUCAAAGAUGGUGUGACAAUGGCCCCCGCCUUCCGGCUGUCACUGAAAGCCAAGGUCAGCGACAACAUGAGUCAUCUCAUGGUGGACUUUGCACAGGAGCGGAGGAUGUUGCAGGCACUCACGUUCCUGCCUGUGCCUAGCGCCCCUGUGAUUGACCUGACCGAGUCCCUAGUGGCCGAUAACUGUGUAACCUUGGUAUGGCGCAUGCCAGACGAGGACAACAAGAUUGACCACUUCGUGCUGGAAUAUCGGCGGACCAACUUUGAGGGCCCACCCCGCCUCAAGGAGGACCAGCCCUGGAUGGUCAUCGAGGGGAUCCGGCAAACAGAAUACAUCCUGACCGGUCUCAAGUUUGACAUGAAAUACAUGAAUUUCCGUGUGAAGGCCUGUAAUAAGGCAGUUUCAGGCGAGUUCUCUGAGCCAGUGACCCUGGAGACACCAGCGUUCAUGUUCCACCUGGAUGCGUCCACAUCCCACCAGAACCUGCGGGUGGAUGAUCUCUCCGUGGAGUGGGACGCCAUGGGCGGGAAGGUGCAGGAUAUCAAAGCUCGCGAGAAAGAUGGCAAGGGGCGGACGGCGUCUCCCGUCAACUCCCCAGCCAGAGGUACUCCAUCUCCCAAGAGGAUGCCCUCAGGUCGUGGGGGACGGGAUCGCUUCACAGCUGAGUCCUACACGGUGCUGGGGGACACGCUGAUUGACGGCGGGGAACAUUACUGGGAGGUGCGCUACGAGCCAGACAGCAAGGCGUUUGGCGUGGGGGUGGCCUACCGUAGCCUGGGCCGCUUCGAGCAGCUGGGCAAGACGGCUGCGUCCUGGUGCCUGCACGUCAACAACUGGCUGCAGGUCAGCUUCACUGCCAAACACGCCAACAAGGCCAAGAUGCUGGACGCUCCCGUGCCCGACUGCCUGGGCGUGCACUGCGACUUCCAUCAAGGCCUCCUGUCCUUCUACAAUGGCCGUACCAAACAGCUGCUGCACACCUUCAAGGCCAAGUUCACACAGCCGCUGCUCCCAGCUUUCACGGUGUGGUGUGGCAGCUUCCACGUGACGACGGGCCUGCAGGUCCCCAGCUCCGUGCGCUGCCUGCGGCAGCGGGGCAGCACCACUAGCAGCUCCAACGCCAGCCUCACCUAGGCCCCCAGACUGCCCAUCAGCGGGCGGGUGCUGGGGCCGCCUCCUAGGCCCCUGGCCUGCCCAUCAGCGGGCGGGUGCUGGGGCCGCCUCCUAGGCCCCUGGCCUGCCCAUCAGCGGGCGGGUGCUGGGGCCGCCUCCGGGCCUCGACUGUUUGAGCUGGGCACCCUCCUCUCACUUGCUGCUUGGAGCCUUCACUCCUGAGGGGGGGUCACUGACGGAGAGUGGGCACCCAGGUCGGGCCCUCCUCCUCACCUCACCUCCUAAUAAAGGUCAGACACUGGC